UUGGUCCAUGAGGCCCCGCCCCGCCUGCAUCCGCGCCUCUGUCAGUCGCGCAGAUUGGGGUGCCGCGAUGUCGCUUUCCGCAAUGAGUACUUUGAUGGAAUUACAGUCAAACUAAAGAGGAAAAAACAUGUCCGAAGUACGAAAAUUCACAAAGAGGUUGAGCAAACCUGGAACGGCUGCGGAGCUCAGACAAAGUGUGUCGGAGGCGGUGAGGACGUCCAUUGCUGUGGAGCAGCCGAAGAUCAUCGAGCCGCUGGAUUAUGAGAAUGUGGUGUUCCAGAGGAAAGCUCAGAUCCAUAGUGAUCCACAGAGAGACCUGCUGCUGUGGCCAGCUGAUGAUGUAUCAGAAGCACAGAUUGGACGUCAAAGGAGGACUAUUGUUCCUUCAGUUCCUCAAAAUGCCGAGAACGAAGCUAAAAGCCUGUUUGCCAAAGAGUGCAUUAAGAUGUACAACACCAACUGGCAUGUCAUCAACUAUAAUUACGAGGCCUACUCUGGAGAUUUCCGGACGCUGCCCUGUAAAGGGAUGAAGACGGAAAAGCUUCCCAACCAAGUAUUUGAGGUGGAUGAGGGGGAGGAGGAUUCAUCAUCUCUUUGCUCUCAGAGAGGAGGUGUAAUGAAACAGGGCUGGCUGCAGAAAGCCAACAUCAACAGCAGUCUGUCCGUCUCCAUGAAGGUGUUCAAGAGGAGGUAUUUCUACCUGUCUCAACUCCCUGAUGGUUCCUACAUACUCAAUUCAUACAAAGAUGAGAAAAACUACAAAGAAUCAAAAGGCUCCAUAUACCUGGACUCCUGUAUAGAUGUAGUUAUGUGUUCCAAGAUGAAGCGCAAUGGCUUUGAGCUGAAGAUGCAGGAGGGUUUCAGUCACUAUCUGGCGGCAGACAACGAGGCCGAGAUGGAAGAAUGGGUGAACACGCUGAAACAGGCCUUACUGAGUGCAAUGGAGGACAGGAGGAAUGGAUCAGAACCUUCUGAAGGUUCUCUAGAUGACGACAGCAGUAGCCAGGGGAGACCAGAGAACAUUGCGGAGAGCUUUGGCCGGAGUCUUCAUCCAGAGCUAAUGAAGUAUGCAAGAGAAACCGACCAGCUGAAUAAAAUGAGCAGAAAUGAAGGUCGACAGAAGAUUUUCACCCUCGACCCUGAGACGCAGAGAUUAGAUUUCUCAGGCAUAGAGCCUGACGUGAAGCCGUUUGAAGAGCGAUUUGGGCGAAGAGUCAUGGUUAGCUGUCACGACUUGACCUUUAGCCUGCAAGGAUGCGUCAGUGAGAAGAAUGAUGGCAUCCUAACCAACGUAGAGCCGUUCUUCAUCAGCCUAGCUCUGUUUGAUCUGUCCAAAGGAUGUAAGAUCUCUGCUGACUUUCAUGUUGACCUCAAUCCACCCUGCGUGAGAGAAAUGCUUCAAGAAGCUUCUCCUGGGACGCCAACAGAACCAGAAGGAGGAGAUGGAAAUGAAUCAGUCAGGGUAAACGGGCACGGAUUGCCGGUUCUCCAGAGGGUCGCGGAAUCUCUUAUACGCUUCCCCACUCAGGGUAUUUUCUCUGUUACCAACCCCCACACAGACAUCUUCCUGCUGGCACGGGUGGAAAAGGUUUUACAGAACGGCAUCACCCAUUGCGCUGAGCCCUACAUUAAGACCUCUGACAUUAGCAAGACAGUACAGAAAGUGCUGAAGACUGCCAAGCAGACGUGCCAACGGCUGGGCCAGUACCGGAUGCCCUUCGCUUGGGCUGCCAAACAGGUGUUCAAAGAUUCCCAAGGCAGUUUAGACACUGAGGGAAAGUUUUCUCCACUUUACCGCCAAGACAGUAGCAAGAUAUCCACAGAAGACCUCAUCAAACUGCUGACAGAUCUCAAAAAACCAGAGAAGAACAAACUGCAGAUAAUCCCUGGACAAAUUAACAUCACUGUUGAGUGUGUACCUCCAGACUUGUCAAACUCCGUCACACCAUCUUAUAUUCCUGUGAAGCCGUUUGAAGACAAGUGUGAGAGAGCGUCUGUGGAAGUGGAGGAGUUUGUCCCAGAAGAGGCCAGAUACAACCACCCAUUCACCAUCUACAAGAACCAUCUCUACGUCUAUCCUCAGCAGCUCAAAUACGACAAUCAGAAGACAUUUGCGAAGGCACGAAACAUUGCAGUUUGUGUUCAGUUUAAGGAUUCUGAUGAUGAAGCAGCCGCCCCAUUGAAGUGCAUCUAUGGCAAGCCAGGGGACCCACUUUUCACCACCAGUGCUUUUGCUGCAGUUUUGCAUCACAAUCAGUGUCCAGAGUUUUAUGAUGAGAUUAAAAUCGAGCUUCCUGUUCAUGUCCAUGAGAAGCAUCACAUUCUCUUUACCUUCUACCACAUAAGCUGUGAGCUUGGCAACAAAACCACCACCAAGAAACGGGAUGGAGUGGAAACACUGGUGGGUUAUUCCUGGGCUCCUUUAUUGAAAGAUGGCAGAAUACAGUCAUCAGAGCUGCAGCUUCCUGUGUCUGCUAAUCUACCAGCUGGUUACAUGUAUGACAAAAGCCAAGACUCAAAAAAGUCUUCCCCAGACAUCAAAUGGGUGGAGAAUGCCAAAACUUUAUUUAAAGUACGAGCAUAUGUAGCCUCAACAAUUUACACUCAGGAUGUGCACCUCCACAAUUUCUUCCAAUAUUGCCAGCUGAUGAGGUCGACGUCACAAGGCAGUCCCGCUGAACUCGUCAAGUACCUAAAGUGCCUACAUGCAGUAGAGACUCAGGUCAUCAUCAAGUUCCUGCCUACGGUGCUUGUUCAGCUCUUUGAAGUCCUCACUAUGGCAAGCAAAGAAAGUCAAGAUAUUGCUGUCAACUCCACAAGGGUAAUCAUUCACAUAGUGUCUCAGUGUCAUGAGGAGGGUCUGGAGCAUUACCUUCGUGCUUUUCUGAAGUACGUGUUUCGGAUCAAUAACGCAACUUCAGAAAGCUCUGUGACGACACAUGAAGUUUUGGCUACUGCAGUGACCGUCAUCCUCAAACAAACCGCAGACUUCAAUACCUGCAACAAACUCCUCAAGUAUUCCUGGUUCUUCUUUGAGACCAUGGCCAAAUCAAUGGCGCAGUACCUCCAAGAUGGUAACAGAAUGAAAAUGCCGCGUGCACAGAGGUUUCCAGAAUCGUUCCACCAAGCACUGCAGUCCCUGCUGUUGUCAAUCAUGCCUCACAUCACUAUACGCUACGUGGAGAUCCCAGAGGAGGCCCGCUGCGUCAACUUUAGCCUGGCCUGCUUCAUUAAGCGCUGCCUUACGUUCAUGAACCGAGGAUUUGCUUUCAGUUUGAUAAAUGACUACAUGUGUGGCUUCAGCCUGAAAGAUCCAAAGGUGCUUACAGAGAUGAAGUUUGAUUUCCUCAUGACGGUGUGUAACCAUGAGCACUACAUUCCUCUAAACCUGCCCAUGGCGUUCGGCCGAACCAGGUUGCAGCGAGUCCAGGAUUUUAUUUCGUAUGCGGCGGAGUAUUUGGGUGUAGUAGAUCAGAGUUUGGAGUACAGCCUGACUGAGGAUUAUUGCAAAAACCAUUUCCUGGUGGGUCUGCUUUUGCGAGAGGUUGCUGAUGGACUCCAGGGCUACCCAGAAAUCAGACAGCUGGCUGUGGCUGCGCUCAAAAAUCUGAUGAUCAAGCACGCCAUGGAUGACAGAUACAAUGCUUUUAAGAACCAGCAGGCCCGCAUUUGUCUGCUGUACCUGCCACUCUUUGAGCUGCUCUACCAGAACCUGAGUCAUAUGAACAGCCUGGGGCAACUCUGCAGAAAUGGCCUCGGCCUCAUGUACCGGGAUGAUUUGUCAGUGGACAGCCGCAGAAGCAGCACAAUCGUUGAUAAGGAGCCAACCAGUGUCAUCACCCAGAAUGGACAUAUCAGGAAAGGGGAGUCUAGAGGCUCUUUGUAUGGAGAUCCUGGCACUCCAGACAUCAAUGAGUUACACAGACGCGGUUCCACUAUGAGCAGCGUACCCGCCGCUGGCCGUUUGGGGCAGUAUGAGAUCAGAGGGCUGCUUCUGUGUUUCCUGCAUAUCGUAAGAACUUUGUCUGAUGACACUCUGAUGGUCUACUGGUCUAAAGUCAGUCCACAAGACGUCAUGAACUUCCUCAGUCUGCUCGAGAUCUGCAUAGUCCAGUUUCGUUAUGCGGGCAGGCGAAACAUCAGCCGAAGCCAGGAACCCUGGGUGUCAAAACUCUUCUCAUCUGACAGGAAGUCUCAGACCAUGCCGGUGCUGCGAGGUCGAGGAAGCCUAAUGCAAGCGAAGCUGCAACAGUUUAGCACUAUGGACACCUCGUUGACCCUGAACAUGGCUGGAGGUCCCACAGAAGCAGAGAUAAAUCAUCAGUCUUUGCUUGAGGGGAACAUGUCGACAGAGGCCUGCCUUAUCGUGCUGGACGUCCUCUCACUCUUCACUCAGAGUUUCAAGAAUCAGCUGCUGGACAGUGAUGGUCACAAUGCUCUGAUGACAAAGAUCUUUGACACGUACCUCACUUUAUUAAAAGUCGGACAAUCAGAGUCAGCAAUCAAACACAUCUUUGCCUCUCUGCGAGCUUUUAUCAUCAAGUUCCAGGUUCCUCUUUUUAAGGGCCGUGUAACUCUGUGUGGUUCGCUGUGUUAUGAAGUCUUGAAGUGCUGUAUGUCUAAACUAAGUGUCCUCCGUGGGGAAGCAUCUGCUCUUCUUUACUUGCUCAUGAAAAACAAUUUUGAGUACACCAAGAGGAAAAACUUCCUGCGCAUGCACUUACAGAUCAUCAUCGCUGUGAGCCAGCUUAUCGCUGAUGUGGCGCUAACCGGCAGCUCACGUUUCCAGGAGUCACUGUCCAUCAUCAACAACUUUGCCAACAGUGAUAAAGCCAUGAAGACCACAACAUUUCCAUCUGAAGUGAAGAAUCUGACAAUGAGAAUUCGUACGGUUUUGAUGGCCACUGCUCAGAUGCGCGAACACGAAAAAGACCCAGAAAUGCUGCUCGACCUUCAGUACAGUCUGGCCCGAUCGUACGCCAGCACUCCGGAGCUCAGGCGGACGUGGCUGGACAGCAUGGCACGAGCACACAGCAAGAAUGGAGACUUUUCUGAGGCUGCUAUGUGUAAUGUUCAUGUUGCUGCAUUGGUGGCAGAGUAUUUGCACAGGAAAAAGCAUUUCCCGAGUGGGCUGGCAGCUUUUAAGAAAAUCACCCAGAACAUUGAUGAAGAAGGAUCUAUGAAAGAAGACGUAGGGAUGCAAGAUGUGUACUACAGUGAGGACGUCCUGGUUGAGCAGUUGGAGGUGUGUGUUGAGAGUCUAUUGAAAGCCGAGAGGUUUGAGCUCAUAACACACAUUGCGAGACUCCUCAUUCCCAUUUACGAGAAACGCCACGAGUUUGAGAAGCUGAAGCGAUUGUAUGAAACGCUGCAGCGAGCUUAUGGGAAGAUAUUAGACGUGAUGCAGUCUGGGAAACGUCUGCUGGGCACUUACUUUAGAAUUGCCUUUUAUGGACAGGGCUUCUUUGAGGAAGAGGAUGGAAAAGAAUACAUCUACAAAGAGCCAAAGCUCACAACUCUGCCUGAAAUUUCCCAUCGGCUUCUAAGUCUCUACGGAGAAAAGUUUGGAGCAGAGAAUGUCAAAAUCAUCCAAGACUCCAACAAAGUUAACCAGAAAGAUCUAGACACAAAGUUUGCCCACAUUCAGGUGACGUUUGUCAAACCCUACUUUGAUGAGAAAGAACUGGCGGAAAGGAAGACAGACUUUGAGAAGUGUCACAACAUCCAACGUUUUGUCUUUGAGACUCCUUUCACACUAACGGGGAAGAAGCAAGGAGGGGUCGAGGAACAGUGCAAGCGGCGAACGAUACUUACCACGGCCAACACAUUUCCCUAUGUAAAGAAGCGCAUCGAGGUAGUGGGAGAAAAGCACAUGGAGCUGAAACCGAUUGAUGUAGCAAUAGAUGAAAUGAAAGAAAAAAGCACGGAACUCGCCAAGCUCUGCUCUAAUCAGGAGGUUAACAUGAUCACACUUCAACUCAAACUCCAAGGCUGUGUUAGUGUGCAGGUGAACGCGGGACCGAUGGCCUACGCCCGAGCUUUCCUGGAUGAAUCCAAAUCUGGUCAGUCCAGUAAGAAAGUAAAGGAGCUCAAGGAAAUAUUCAGGCAGUUUGUCAAUGCAUGUAGUGUGGCUCUGGACAUUAAUGAGAGACUCAUUAAAGAGGAUCAAUAUGAGUAUCAUGAGGGAUUAAAGGCAAACUUCAAAAGCAUGGUGAAAGAACUUUCUGAAAUCAUCCACGAGCAGAUCUUCCAGGAGGAUAUGAUGCGUUCCCUCCUGCAGAACUCUCUUCACGUGUUUCGUGCUAUCAGUGGAACCUCCACUGACCUGAGCUAGAACCUGAUGGUUGCUGCUGAUUGUUCUGGACUAUCGGUUUUCUUCGCAACUGAAUGUACAAAUCAAGAUCCUAGGCCUUUAGCAAACAUCUCCUCUACGGGCUACAAGAAUGUCAGCAUUUUCCGUGCCAGGUUUUUACUUGUUGUGUACAGCUGAUUUGUGUACAUAUUGCUUUUACAAUUCAUUGCUUUUACAAUUCAUUUUAAAAGCAACAUGAAGUUAAAAUCAACUGUUUACUUUCUUCAUGCACAUUCCUGGUCUUAUCAUGUUUGCAUCACUGUUCCAUUUUUUUUUUUUUUUACUUUUUCUUUAACUCUUACCUACUUACCAUUAUGUUAACCCAUUUCCACCACACAAGAAAAAAAUCAUGCUUUGGUAAAUCAAAAAUAGUCCAAAUUGUAACAUGUCAAGUCAUUAUUAUGACAAAGUCAAAAUUGACAUAAAAAGUCAACCCAGGCGAAAAAAGCGCACUUCCAUAAUGUACUUAAAAUGCUCUAUUUUCACUCACUAAUUUUGUUCGUAAUGUACUAAAAAUUGAUCUUAAGAUCAUCUUAAGAACAUCUAAGUGUACUCAAAUGUGCUGUAUUGGGACACCAUCUCUGUAUUAAAAAAAUAAAUAUUUAGUUACCCCUUGUAGUACACUUGAACCCACUUGUGUAUGAAAAAUGGCUUCAAGUGUACUACAAAUCUUAAGUAUUAAAGAAUAUUUUUUUUGUAUAUUAAGUACAAAUUUAGUGCAUAAAAAUAGAAGUACAUUAAGUACAUUAAAGUGACAUUUUGACCAAAAGUUGAAAGUCUGACAUAAAAACUCAAAAUUAUGACACGCUAAGUUGUUAAUAUGAGAGAAAAGUCAGAUAUGACAAGUGAAACUAGGGCUGCCUUCGACUAAAGAUUUUUCUGGUCGACUAGUAGUCGUUUAUUUUAAGCAUUGGUCGACUAUUAGUCGCACAUUAUGAAACCAUAUUGAUCUUAAUAAUGAGCUUUUAAUUGCCUACAUACACGCAGAAAUAUGAUUAUGAUUUUUUUCAGGAAAAAACAGCACAGAGACUGCAUUAAUGUUUUAAUAAUGCCAGUUCUGUGAUUUGUCGUAAAUCUUGACUCUCAGAUGGAGCGGCAUUUACUACACAGAGCCGUAGUUCACUGACAAGCUACGCAGUUCGUUAUCGGAGGUGAUACAUAUCCGAUGAUGAACGCGAUAUUACGUAGCUUGUCAGUGAACUACGGCUCUGUGUAGUAAAUGCCGCUCCAUCUGACAGCACGUGAUGGACAUUUACGACUAAUCACAGAACUGGCAUUACUUACGAGAUGCGCAUGAUAAUCUCAUCUGAUUUUUUGCACAGCCCUUCACGAAGUUUCGCGUUCACAGAGAGCGAGAUGGCGGAAAGCACAUCCUGUUUGCUUUCAUUAUUUUACAAAAGCGCAACGAUUUGUUGUCUGAGUGCACGCAAAUAAAUGUAGAGACUUUACAGAUUUGAAAGAUGUAUUACUCUUAUCAGUAUGAGCAAAAAUGACGGAGUAUUUUAAGAGCAAAUGUCUGAACCAGCGCCUCCAUCUGUCAUGCGGUAAACGCGAUACUAUUUAGCUUCCACACUCAGCACAGACACUUCAAUAGUGCACAUUUUUCUAGGUUAGCUUUAUAAGGUUAAAUUGAGCUGCCAUGUAAAGUUGAAUGAUAGGUGAGCGUUUGGAUGUACCCGAUGUACUAUAUUACCACAUAGACCAGCCGUUAACGAUCUCUCAAUCACAGACUUCAUGACUUCACAACUUAUUUAUUUAUUUAUUUUUUUUGUGUGACUAAGCGAUUAAUAACAUUUCGGUCGAUCAAGCGUCUUCUCAUCGACUGUUAGGGGGCAGCCCUAGUUGAAACUGACAUAAGAAGUUGAAAUCAUGAAUAAUUAUGAGACAAAAUUUAUGACAUUCACAUUUUUUGUCAUAAUUAUUUUUAUGAUCUCAGUGUAUAGUAUGUCAAUGUAAUUUAGCGUCAUAAUUCAAAUUUUUUAUCUUAUAAUUAUGUCUUGGUAUGUUAGAAUUUUUUUUGUUAAAAAAAGAACCUUUUUAUGUCAUAAUUAUGAUUUACCAGAGUUUGUUGUUUUGUUUGUUUGUGGAAAUGGUCUUUCACAGACCAUAUAUCCAGUCAACGCUAUAUGACCAAUUUUGGUAUCCAGUCAAUUAUUGAUGGAUACAAUUAAGUCCAGUUUUCUUUUUUCUUUUAUUCUUUAAUAUAUGUCACAUUUAAGUCGAAUGGGUUACCAGUCCCAUUACGUUUUGACUGUAAAUGUUCUCUGUGUUAUACAAUCUAUUUUGUAUCUCAGCCAUACUGUUUAUCGCAGGGAUGCCACUGGAAAUAAAACAUGCAGUGUAGAUCACCCAACACACCAAAGAUCGAAUGGACAGUUUAUACUAUAUGCCUACAUUUCUAUAUAACAUAACUUUUACAUUGAUAGUUUCGUUUUCUAAAAAUCAGGUGAUUGUUAAGUCUAAAACUGAAUCAUUAUUCUGAAUAAUAAAAUUCACAGUUGUAAAAAUGGCAGUGAAUGAGAUCACAAUGGAGUGUGGCAGUGAACGCCCACAUUUUCAGAUGCGUUGGUUAUGAAAGUAUUUUUGCCAUCCAUUUUUUUUACAGCAUCUUCAAUUCACUCAGUCAUAAGAAACAAACUAAUCCAGCUAGCUUUCGAGAUGAAUCACAGCAUUAGAAAAAGUAUGUGGAAGGUGUGUUUUGUUUAUUUUUAUGAUUUAUGAUUAUUUUUUUUAUUAUGCAAUCAAAUAAAAGAAAACAAUGGUACGAUAAGAGUUCGACUUUUUAAAUUAUUGAUAUAGUUAUUGACAUUUUUACUGAAUUAAAUCAUAAUUAUAACAUUCUUUUGUUGGCUUUUCCUUUAAUCUCUGUUUGAUGCUUGGUGCAAACUCCAUGUUGUGUAACAUGGUUGCCAAUUAAAGAGGUCAGUCUUUCUACUGCCAACUGCUGAAAAGAAGAAUUUAAACUAGCUACUACUGUAUGUGGUCAAAUCACACCGUCCCUCUUCCUUAUUUUCAGUGGUACACAUGAGUGAGGUGGUUACUGGCUGGCUGCACAUUUGCAAGACUGAACUAAAAUCAUUGUGCAUAAUUUCUGUCAUGAAUUUGAACUGGAGUUGCAACGAUGUUAUAUAAAUAUGUAUAUGUAAAGCUUUUUAAAAUGAAUGCAAA